AUGUUCUGGCGCAUCUUGACCAGCUCGUCGCUCUUGUAUGCUUGCGUCGCGCCAGCUGCUGGAGAUUAUAUCCCGGCUCCACCACUUCCAGAGCCCAUUGCCAUUACCGAACUGCCCCUUCCACCGUUGGCUCCCAACAAUGAUACUGGAUCAUGUACGAUUGAACUUAAUCCAUUAGGAACGGGUUGUCUGGCAAAUGGAGUUGCUGGCGCUUUUCAAUCUGGCGAUUUCCUCCCAGACGGCAAACACGUUAUUGCCCUGGUGACAUACCAGGGGGCUCCGGCCUGGCCAGACCCAUCUAGUAUCUACAGCGGCCAACAAAUAAUUAUUGUAAAGACAGAUGGAACCAACUUUACUCACGGCGAUCCAUGGAAAUGUAUUACGUGCGGCGUACCGGCUGAGAAUGCGCAAGGUGCAGACUUGUCGUCAUAUGAUUAUCCGCAAGCGUUCAAGGAUGGUAAGCGUUUGCUUCUUCGCAAAACGGUGCUCGACUGCGGCGAUAUCGAUCUCGUCUCUGACGACUGCACGCCAAACAAGACGUAUAUCUAUCCACUGCGUUGGAGCACGACAGCAGACGAUUCCGGUGCUGGCGGCGACUUUCGCGAACAACGCCUGCAUCCUGACCAGGUGCAUAUCCAGUUCAACGCCUUCACAACGACCGUUUUAGGUCUCGGUCAGUAUGGGUACUUUGGACGCAUUGUAUUCAACCCUUCGCCAACUUCCGGAACGCCACUUGCGCCACGCUACGACAUUGUCAAUGUCACCCUACUGUACAACUCCAGUCUGCCACAGCCGCUCACCUUUUCUGGUGAUCAAUUGUUCCAUGAUCCUACCAAAAACUACAUUGGCGAGGCGCGUGGAUUCAGUGGUGAUGGCAGUGAGAUUACGUAUAUCGGUUAUUCUGCCGAAAGCUGCAAUAUCGAUAUUUUCGCUUCCCAUCUGACUACAGGUGCUGUAAGGAGAGUGACGAGCCAUCCUGAAUAUUGUGACCCGCUCUCCUUCUCACAGGACAACAAGUGGAUAGCCAUCAUGGACACUCGUGGUAGCGGUCGUCAAAUGUUCAUUUCGGGUAUGCGCGGGAUUCCCCCGAUUGUGGACCUGAUUGCGAAUGUGCUACCCGCUUCGUCGAGGAACAAUGGCCCUCGUCGGUUCUUCCAACCAUAUCUACUAGAUUGGUACGGCGACCGCGGCGACUACUACGGGCAAAAGAUUAACGGCAAUGGCUAUGGCGUUGCUGGCAGCGGCUCCGUUGAUGACCCCGAGUGGAACGGCAUGGCUGACCCCCGCUGGUCGCCCGACAGCACCCAGCUUGUAUACUGGCAGACGCACACCGUCUCGCCGUCCUGUGGUGGCGACAACCCACUGCCCUGUUACCCUUCAACCGAACCGUACGGGCGCAAUUACAGAAUGUAUUUGGCCACCUUUACAGACCGCGAGCCUAGCGCUCCACUUGAUGUGCCCGAGCAUGCUGAUGUGAUUCCCUGGGGCGAGCCCUAUGUCGCGGGUAGUGCGGCUCCCAACAUCUCACUUCCACCUGCCGGCGAGUACACACUCGCGGGGAAGAGCACGGGGCUCGCUCAAGUGAACAUUACUUGGCUUACUGCUCCUCAGGUGGGAACCAUUUCAGUGGUGUACAAAAACUACUCGGACGAUGGUAGUAGCUUUUUGAACGGCAAUGAAGAGGUGACCUUGACGCUACCAUCCUUGUAUUCGUCUCACUUUGACUGGUAUUCGGACAUUCUGCAGACAGGCGCAGUCAAUGGUAGUAAGAAGACGAGUCCAGAGGGUUAUCAUGCAAGCAUUGAUGUGUUGGUCAAUAUACUGGACUCGAAUGGAACCUUGACCACAACGCUGGAUGGCGUUGAGUGGGUGAGUCCUCAGAGCGGGACUUGA